AAAUUUCUUGUAAUGGAAAUCGUUACGUCUCUACUGGAAUGGAUAAUGAGUAGUUAUGCCGUCCUGAUUGGAUUUGCAGUUAUAGGAAUCCUUUACUUAAUUGAUUUGUACGCAAACACUCAAUCGGAAGCUUGCGAACCAAUUUAUGACUAUUCUUUAUGCAAUGGGCCCCACAUCUGGGAUAAAUUAUAUCGGGAUGCAAACGGAAGAAGACAGUCUCCGAUUAACGUCAAUACUUAUGCCGCUAUUAAUGUGCCUAUUGAAACAUGUCGCCAGUUGUUUUUUGGGCCCAGCUACCACUUUCCACCCAGUACAAUGACUUUAUUCAAUAAUGGACAUAACAUUAUCAUAGACGCCACGUGGGGUCCGGACUUAAGACCUAUCUUGAAAGGUGGACCCCUUUUGCACGAUUAUGUAUUUGGAAAUGUGACUUUGAGAUGGGGUCCGACUGACGAUGAAGGUUCCGAGCACAUGUUGGAUGCAAAGAGAUACGCGAUGGAGAUGCAACUUUCGUUCAUCAAGAUAGAAAACGAAGUUAUGCCACUAAGGGUGAACGUAUUGAACGCCGCCAAAAACGGAGAUCUGGCUUACGUCAGUUACUUUUUCAUGGUAACUCCAGUGGAUAAUCCGUAUAUGGAACAGAUCGUCAACAAUUUGGAAAAUGUAAAGUCUGUUUACGCUUCCGUUAACAUAGAGCCAAUGCCUCUAAGCCUUCUUGCACCAGGAUUCAAUAGAAAAUAUUUGACUUAUGAGGGCUCUUUAACUUAUCCACCAUGCACUGAAGGCGUGCUUUGGAUACUACAACCUGAAGCCUUAACCAUAUCUAGGCGCCAGAUGAAAAAAUUCAGAAAACUCACAGGGGCCAAUGGAUUGAUAUUAAAUAAUACUAGGCCUGUACAGAAUUUACAUGAAAGGAACAUUCUCUUUUAUGAUUAAGACUGUUGACUGUUGUAAAUUGAACUUUUAUAUAUACUUAUUGAAUUUAUCUAUGAUUAUUUUAUACAAAAAAAUUUAUUCUUGAUUAUGACAAUAUACAAAUUCCCUAUA